CGGGUCCGCCGCGUCCCUUUGUUGGCUCAGCGGCGGCGGCGGCGCUGUGUGUUGUUGUCCCGCGGGCAGAGGCAGGCCGCGGCGCAGGAGCAACCAGGAGCCCGCGCGGGGGGAGGGCUCAGGGUCGGCGCGGGCAGCCCCGGGCCGCCGCCUCGCCAUGGACUCGGACGAGGGCUACAAUUACGAGUUCGACGAGGACGAGGAGUGCAGCGAGGACAGUGGCGCCGAAGAGGACGAGGACGACGACGACGAGGACGACGAGCCCGACGACGAUAACCUGGACCUGGGCGAGGUGGAGCUGGUGGAGCCCGGGCUGGGCGUAGGAGGCGAGCGCGACGGGCUGCUGUGCGGGGAGACGGGCGGGCUGGGCCCCGGCGGCGGCAGCGGGCUGGGCGGCGGGCCGGGCCCCGGCGGGGGCGGUGGCGGCCACGAGCAGGAGGAGGACUAUCGCUACGAGGUGCUGACGGCCGAGCAGAUCCUGCAGCACAUGGUGGAGUGUAUCCGGGAGGUCAACGAGGUCAUCCAGAAUCCGGCAACUAUCACCAGAAUACUACUUAGCCAUUUCAACUGGGAUAAAGAGAAGCUGAUGGAAAGGUAUUUUGAUGGCAACUUGGAGAAGCUUUUUGCUGAGUGUCAUGUAAUUAACCCAAGUAAAAAGUCUCGAACACGUCAGAUGAACACAAGAUCAUCAGCCCAGGACAUGCCUUGUCAGAUCUGCUAUCUGAACUACCCCAACUCGUACUUUACUGGCCUAGAGUGUGGACAUAAGUUCUGUAUGCAGUGCUGGAGUGAAUAUUUAACUACCAAAAUAAUGGAGGAAGGCAUGGGACAGACUAUUUCGUGCCCUGCUCAUGGCUGUGAUAUCUUAGUUGACGACAAUACAGUUAUGCGUCUGAUCACAGAUUCAAAGGUUAAAUUAAAGUACCAGCAUUUAAUAACUAAUAGUUUUGUAGAGUGUAAUCGACUGUUAAAAUGGUGUCCUGCCCCAGACUGCCACCAUGUUGUUAAAGUUCAGUAUCCUGAUGCUAAACCUGUUCGCUGCAAAUGUGGACGUCAGUUUUGCUUUAACUGCGGUGAAAAUUGGCAUGAUCCUGUUAAGUGCAAGUGGUUAAAGAAGUGGAUUAAGAAGUGUGAUGAUGACAGUGAAACUUCCAAUUGGAUUGCAGCAAACACAAAGGAAUGCCCAAAAUGCCAUGUGACCAUCGAAAAAGAUGGAGGCUGCAAUCACAUGGUCUGUCGGAACCAGAACUGUAAAGCAGAGUUCUGCUGGGUGUGUCUUGGCCCUUGGGAGCCACAUGGAUCUGCCUGGUACAACUGUAAUCGCUACAAUGAGGAUGAUGCAAAGGCAGCAAGAGAUGCACAGGAGGAAUUAACACAGCGAUCCAGAGCAGCCCUGCAGAGGUACCUGUUCUACUGCAACCGCUAUAUGAACCACAUGCAGAGCCUGCGCUUUGAGCACAAACUCUAUGCUCAGGUGAAGCAGAAAAUGGAGGAGAUGCAGCAGCACAACAUGUCGUGGAUUGAGGUGCAGUUCCUGAAGAAAGCAGUUGAUGUCCUCUGCCAGUGUCGUGCCACACUCAUGUACACUUAUGUCUUUGCCUUCUACCUCAAAAAGAAUAAUCAGUCCAUUAUCUUCGAGAAUAACCAAGCAGACUUAGAGAAUGCUACGGAGGUGCUUUCUGGGUACCUGGAGCGAGAUAUAUCCCAAGAUUCGCUGCAAGACAUAAAGCAGAAAGUACAAGAUAAGUACAGAUACUGCGAGAGUCGACGAAGGGUUUUGUUGCAGCAUGUGCAUGAAGGCUAUGAGAAGGACCUGUGGGAGUACAUUGAGGACUGAGACUAGCCCUGCAUAAAAUGAACUCUGAAAACUUUACCAUCUAGAGUGCUCAUGCAAUUAAAACAAAACACACACAAAAAGAGGCACUACGCCUAUUACACCGCUGGGUCUGUAGUACCGGGAUUCUGUUUUUCUAACAGAAAAUUUAAGUAAAUUAUAUUGUAAUAAAAAAGGUAGAUAAACCAUUGUACAACAGUAUUCUAGGCGGCCAAUAAGAGUGUGACGGACGCACUAAAAAAACCCUCCAACUUUAACUUGUAACGUAGCUUCAUUCUCCAAGCCGACUCCUUUUUUUUUUCUUUUCUUUUUUUUCCUGUGUGUAGUACAGAUGAAAUUUAAACCAGUUUCUUGACACCGCUUUUCAUGUCCAAACCAGCCAUUUUGAUGUACUUUGGUAAGGGGUUCUCCCUCUCCCUCCUCCUCUCAUACACCCAAGUUCAUGAAUGAAUGUUGAUUGGCUCAUUGUAAAGAUGAUUCUUGGGGAAGGGAGGAGGGGGGUACACAGCAAGGAAAAAACUUUGUAUAUGACUUUUAAAACAAAAAGAGGACAACACAGUAUUUUUCAAAAUUGUAUAUAGCGCAUAUGCAUGGACAAAGAGCAAGCGUGGCACGUGUUUGCAUAAUGUUUAAUUACAAAAAAUAUUUAUUCUUUAAAAAUCUUCAAGAUUAUGUCUAUUUGCUGUGCAUUUUCUUUGUUUGCUUUUUUUAAGCCCUGGGAUUGGGGUGGGGGAAAUGUGUGCUGGUGUAGUGACUCUUUUGCAGGUUUUUACCUGAGAAGUUGAAUUUCUCCUCUUCCUGCAUCUUUGAUUCCCUGGCCUCCAUGGUUUGUGUGUCCAUUGCUGGCAACGGAACCACCCCUUCAAAUUUCCAGCUCCUAACGCAAACUGAUUAACUUGGUGUGCGUUUCAUUAGAGAUGAAUGUAUGUUGUGAUGCAGGAUGCUUUCUUUUUCACCCAGAAUGUCACCACAAUCAAGCCAUUCCCAUGCACCCAGGACAUGCGCUCUGAACCUGGCUGAUGUUCAAAUCUAUAGGAAGUGUGUGUUAGGAAUUUUUCUUUUGGAGGAAAAGGAGGAUUCUCUCUUACACCACUUCUCAAAGAGCAUUGAAAGAAUUCAACUGUGGAUCUCCUCUCCCUCCCCCUUUAGCUAUCAAAUGGAACAUUCCUUGCUGUUUUUAAGUUUCACUUACAUUAUUACAAAUCGUGACGUUGAAAAGGAAGAUGGUGGAAUUGUCUUUGUUUGUUUUGGGCUCAGUUAUUGGGCAAACUGUCCUGGCAAGUAUUAAACACUCCAUCUAGUGCAGUAGCAAUUGAAAUCAUUGGGAUAUUUUUUUUCAAUUAAAAGGGGGUAAGAACUAAUGAGUUUUAGCUACUGAGUCCAUUUUUUAUUAUUUCUGUAACAAGAGCUAUGUUAAAGUACACAAUUGGUGGUGGUUUUAUUAAAUUUACUUCUGUA